AUGGCACCAUUUGGUCAAUCGUCACCGUGCUUCCAUUCAAAACGUCUAAAACAAGGGGAAGAAUCCGCUGGGACCACACCCGCCCACAGUUUCUCAUCCUUCCCAAUCUCUCAACCAACCAAAAAUCGCCACAUAUCCACUUCCCUCUGUUCUUUUAAAAUCAAAAGACCCCCGAAAAAAAAAGCGUUGAAACCACGCGACAGCCACAGGCCUCCUAUUUAA